UUUGGCAGCACGAGGGGGACCUACACAAUAUUAGGCAGAUGGUUUUAAUGUUGUGGUUGAUCAGUGUAAGUCUGAUCACAAAACAUUAUUCGGCAAAACAAGCAAUUCAAUGCAUAUUUUUCUCAUAGAAUAUGAGACAAAUGCCUACUUUUGUGUUAUGAACAUUGACAUAGGUCACUAAGAGAAUGUAUUUUCGUCGUAGGUCAGUUGAAACAGUAAAUCUACCUUGGUUACACACAGGCUUUAUGAAAUAAGGUUCAGCCUCAUUACAUGACUAAAGUGCAGUUUUUAGUAAACAAACAAUACAAUUAUAUUUCAAAGUCCAAGCUGACAAACCUGAUGCCUUACAACCAACAGAAUAACUUCUUGCAACACACUCGCCCUCACAAAAUCGGUGUAAUCCACUCAAUAAUUUAAAUUGAAUUAUCAAAAUAUUGAACCAGAAGAAAAGACACAUAUCCAUUAGUUUGGAACUCACCUUACAUGACACAUUUCUUCAAGAUAUUUCCCCACUCAUACAGCCCACUAGUUUGCAGGGUGCUCAGGACAGUGUCUGUGAAACAACAUCCCUCCAAUUCCUUGCUCUCUGUAUGCCAGCUAAUCCAUCCACUCAGUGGGAAUUGCCCAAUGGGUAAUGUGGGCCUACGUCAUGUUGAUCGACAAGGGGUCAGCAUUUACAUAAGCCUGGUCUUUAAUGACAAGCUGUCAGCGCAAGGCCACUUAAGAUCAAGACGAGACAGAACAACUGAUCACUGGCUGCCCCGGCCCACGUGACUGUCACUGCUCAUUCUUAUCACUAGUGCGCAGACACCCCCCCACCAAAUACACAACUGAUUGAAGGAGUCUGAAAAUUGGCUCUGUUCGACCCCGGGUAACUGGUGAGACGUUAACCAGUCCCCGGCCCAAAGAUCGGUCAUUGUGGCAGCCACGAACAGAAACAACCACGACGAUGCCACAAUGAGCACAUUCUUAGAUUUUUCAGCCGUAGGCAGUGGAGAUGGAGGUGGCGGGGGCUCCUGCUCAGUUAGAGCAUUCCAUGGUGACCACGGACUUUCAACAUUCCAAUCGUGUGCUGUUAGGGUAAAUAACUGCAUUGGGGAUGAGCGGUUCAUGUCCAGUAGAUCAUCACAAGACGCAGUCCCCGCUCAUCCAAAUCAAGCCGUGUCGUAUCAGUCCCCUGGGACUCUUUCAAUUACCUACAGUGCCCAUCCAAGUUACGGGACUCAAAGGUUUUGCGCUGGAUACAGUCAAUAUGCCCUAAAUCAAGAUGUAGAUUCGUCUGUCAGCUUUCCCCAGUGCGGCCCAUUAGUUUAUUCUGGAAAUAUUUCCUCUACCUUUGUGCAGCAUCGUCAUCAUCGGCAUGGUUACAGCAGUGGAAACGGGCAUCUCCACGGCCAAUUCCAGUAUUCCUCAGGCACAUAUGGUAAUAGUUCGGAUCAGGCAAACCUUACCUUUGUGGGAGACUGCUCAAAUCCUCUAUCCCCUCUGCAUGUGGCACAACAUGAUGCAUGCUGCUCACCUCUGUCAGAUGGCGUAUCUACAGGGCAGACAUUUGACUGGAUGAAGGUCAAACGGAAUCCGCCAAAAACAGGGAAAGCUGGAGAGUAUGGAUUUGGUGGGCAGCCAAACACUGUGCGCACUAAUUUUACCACAAAACAGCUGACAGAGCUUGAAAAAGAGUUUCAUUUCAAUAAAUACUUGACUCGUGCGAGGCGUGUGGAAAUUGCGGCUGCGCUCCAGUUGAAUGAGACUCAGGUGAAGAUUUGGUUCCAGAAUCGUCGUAUGAAGCAGAAGAAGCGCGAAAAGGAAGGUCUAUUGCCCAAAUCGCCGUCUGAACAGAACUAUGGUCUUGAAAAACCAGAGGACACCUCAGAAAAGUCACUCUCCCCACCAGCUACGCCUUCCCCUGCUUCAUCGACUGUUGAUCCAUAUUCCUCAAAUUAAAAGGCUUUGGCGUUUGUUCUGCCAAAUUAAUAAUGACAACAGUCAGUUACUCUAAUGUCAAAGUUGUCAAAGUAAUCAUGUCCAUACACAGACAUGAGUAAAAGUGUAUAGAAAACAAUGCACUAUUUAGAGAUUAGAUUAUAUCGACCUGAAACAUUUGGACUACUUCGUGUAUUUUACCUGUGAUACUGUUGUUAGUGUGAAAUGACUGUUAAUUGUCUUGGACACCUUGUCAAGCAAGAUAGAACAAGUUCUCACAAGUGGCUUGUGCAUUUUCUUGCAGUCAGAGCGAACGCUGCAUUUUUACACACAUCGUUGCUAGGUCGGACUUGUGCAUUACUUGUCAAAAUGCCUACCUCAUGAACCAACAGAUGAUAGUGCAAUAUAUGUGGGGGGUAAUUUUGAGAGAGAGAUUAAAUGUCCUGAUAACUCUCAGCAAAGACUUGUUUGAAGAUAAUGACACCUUUUUCUGGGCCAGGUUUUAUGUGCAUGGUGUUAAGCCAAAUUAUUGUACUGUAUCAUAUGAGUUCUGCAACAUGAUGCGCUACAAGUUGUCAACCAGUCAGUUUAUAAGUCGGUGAUGAUGACUCUAGCCUUUUCCACUAAUCAUGCUUUAGAAAAAGAUCAAGUUACGGGUGAAUUAAAUGUGUGAAUUAAAACAGUUCUUAAAUUUA